AUGACACAGGGUCCUCCUGGCUGCUGUUUGAGAAGCUCCAACAUGUAUUUUGUGAGCAGAGAAAACUGUGUUCUAGGUUGUUGGGACCUGGAGCUUGAAGGUUCCAGAGAUUCUUGGUGGGGACAAGACCUUCAGUCCCAUGUCCAGGCUUUGCUAGAUGCCUGCAGCCUGUGUGAGUACAUAGGUGGGCAGGAUCAUUAUAGGCCAGGUCUUCUGCCAUUUGGAGACAGGACCCUGUCAGGAGAGCUGGGGGUUCCUGCUGGAGACUGCAUCCCUUGUGAGGUGGGAUUCCUUGCCCAAGGACUGGGAAAGUCAGGACAGCUCCAAGAGUCUGGGGGACCUGAAGUGGCUUGUGUGAGUCCAGGGGGGGUGGAUCCCAGGGGGGAGUCCAGAAGUCAAUGGAGGAGUGAUCAAGCUUGAGGGGGGCUGGGGAACCCUAUGUAGAGACCAGGAGUGGACCUGUGUAGUGAGGUGCUGUGUAACCAAGGCUGA